AUGUCUCAAGGUUCUGUUUCCGGUUCGGUUGUCAAGAGUUCAUUGAUCGAGCCAGAUGGGGGGUUCGUGGUGGAUGUUAUAGUGCCAGAGAGCGAGAGGGGGUCAAAAACUUUGGAAGCAGAAUCAUUACCUAAAGUGAGGCUGGCAAAGAUUGAUGUGGAGUGGGUUCACGUGAUAAGUGAAGGAUGGGCCAGUCCAUUGAAAGGGUUUAUGAGAGAAAAUGAGUAUUUGCAGAGCUUGCAUUUCAAUUCUCUGAAAAUGGAAAAUGGGACUGUGGUGAAUAUGUCGCUUCCUAUUGUUUUGGCAAUUGAUGAUGAGACUAAAGAGAGUAUUGGGUCUUCAAAGGAUGUUGCGUUGGUUGGUCCUGAUGGUGAUUUGCUUGCUAUUCUUCGAAGUAUUGAGAUAUAUAAGCAUAACAAAGAAGAAAGAAUAGCUAGAACAUGGGGGACAACUGCACCUGGACUGCCAUAUGUUGAGGAAUUCAUUACUCCAGCUGGAAAUUGGCUCUUAGGUGGAGAUCUAGAAGUGCUACAGCCCAUCAAGUACAAUGAUGGGCUUGAUCACUACAGGAUCUCUCCCCAACAACUCCGGAAGGAGUUUGAUAGGCGUCAAGCUGAUGCAGUUUUUGCAUUUCAGUUAAGGAACCCUGUUCACAAUGGGCAUGCCUUAUUGAUGAAUGAUACACGCAAGCGGCUUUUGGAAAUGGGUUACAAGAAUCCAAUCCUACUGCUUCAUCCCUUAGGAGGUUUCACAAAGGCUGAUGAUGUUCCUUUGGAUGUUCGGAUGGAACAACACAGCAAGGUUCUGGAAGAUGGAGUUCUUGACCCUGAAACUACCAUAGUUGCCAUAUUCCCAUCACCUAUGCAUUAUGCUGGUCCUACUGAAGUACAAUGGCAUGCCAAGGCACGGAUAAAUGCAGGUGCUAACUUUUACAUUGUAGGUCGCGAUCCUGCUGGUAUGGGUCACCCAACAGAGAAGAGAGAUUUAUAUGAUCCUGAUCAUGGAAAGAAGGUUCUAAGCAUGGCUCCAGGCCUGGAGAAGUUGAAUAUCUUGCCAUUUAGGGUGGCAGCAUAUGAUACUGUGGCAAAGAAGAUGGCAUUUUUUGAUCCAUCUCGUUCCAAAGAUUUCCUCUUCAUCUCUGGAACUAAGAUGAGGACUUACGCUAGAACUGGUGAGAACCCUCCUGAUGGUUUUAUGUGCCCUGGUGGUUGGGAAGUCCUUGUCAAAUAUUAUGAGAGGUUGCAGGAAGAAGAGGCAACACCAGCUGUUAUAUCUGCUUAA